AUGCCACCACAGAUUUUGGAUUUCUGUUCCAUGCCAACAUUGGCCUGCCAGUAUGCAGCACAAAACAUGAGAAAAAAAGUUUCCGUUUACAACGAUCCGAAAUCAGAGACAACUUUAAUGGGGAAAACAUUCUCCAAGACCUCUAACAAACGUAAGAUUGACGCCAUUGACGUUGAUAAUGAUCAGAAAAGACCCCAAACUUCUGAGGUCCUAAUAUCACUUCAAAGCCAUGAUUUCAUCAAAACUUUGAACCACUCUCCUAUGAGUGACGUCAUCCUGGCGGCGGACCGGCAGUCGAUUUACUCUGAUCAUGUGGUAGACGGGUCUAGUUACCAUGGACUCCCGACCGUGACCGGGAAAAACAUGGUUCUUAUGGCCAUUUCGCCAGAAACGAUGUCUGCGGUACUGAAAGGCUACUACGACCAACAUAUUGAUCAUCUGACCGUCAUAGACUGCAGGUACCCGUACGAGUUUGAAGGAGGCCACAUCCGGGGUGCCAUUAAUCUCUACACAAAGGACUCAAUCCGUAACUAUCUUAACGAGACAAUGACGUUAUCAGACAAGAAUCACGUGAUCAUCUUUCACUGCGAGUUCUCAUCAGAACGAGUCCCAAAAAUGUACCGCCAUCUUAGAUCACUGAAUCGAGACUUGAACAAUGAUUCAUAUCCACGACUGAAUUUCCCAGAGGUUUACCGGCCAAUGCUUUCCUGUAAGCUACGUUCCGAUGUUGCACCCGGGGCACGUGGACGACUUGCGUCACUUCUGCGGCAGGUCCAAGUCGUGGGCGUGCAGGCGAAAACACCGUCACAGUUCACGUUUAAGAAAAAAGUGGCAAUUCCCUAA